UAACAUUUACUGGCAUGAUUAAUAUGUAUACUUCUGUUAUGUUGUGUCUGGCCUCAGUGAUAUUUUGACAUCUAACGAUUCAUGUUUUGGAAGUGUGAUUUCGAGGAAACUUUAAGAUAACACAAUGGCUUUUUUAUGCCCAGUGCGUAUUCGUCGAGGAAAGAAAAAGAAACCUGGAGUACAUAACUUCAAUUUGGAAAAAGAUUGCGUUGGAGGAGGAGGUACAGGAUUGGGCUUAGGAACCAAAGUUCCAUUGCCACCUGGUCGUAUAACAGGAAGUGCUAGUAUUGAAACUUUAGUUAGAGUAGGUAUUGAAAAAGAAAAUGGACUUUCGCCAGACAGUAAAAUGGUUAUUGUUCAUGACUUCACACCUUGCGUCGAUGAUGAACUUCAAGUAAAACGAGGCCAGGUUGUAAAUGUAUUAUAUAGAGAGAAUGAUUGGGUGUAUGUAAUAGCAGCUGAUACACGUAUGGAAGGCUUUGUACCACAUUCGUAUUGUGCACCUUACACAUCACAGCUUGCUGAAUUAACACUUGCUACUCUUAUGAACAAUGUGAAAAAGAAACUGCCAAGGUCUAGCGAGACUGAUUGUGAUUUUGCUGGUACAGGUCGUUCCCAAACAGUAGAUGCACAACAAACUGACACAGGAUCUGCAUCAGACUGUGAAAGUUAUGCUCGUAAUAUAACUACUGCUGAUGUAAAUGUUAACAGAUCUAAUAUUACACAGUCUCAAAAUUCUAUUCAAACUAUAUCUUCUCAGCCAGAUGUUCACCCUUUCUUUAAGGAUCCAUCAGCUGGAAGAUAUAUUGUACUUUACACUUUUGUGGCUAGAGAUGAAAAUGAUGUUAGUGUGGAAAGGGGAGAAUUUGUAACAGUUCUCAAUCGAGACGAUCCUGACUGGUUCUGGGUACUUAGACACUGUGAUGGUAAUGAAGGAUUUGUGCCAUCCGGAUUUGUAUACCCUGGACAUGUUCUUCAUUCUUAUGCGACAACAACUACUACUACUACCACUACUACUACCGCCGCUACAACAUCCGCAGAAACACAUAGUUUAGGAAAAGGCGGUAAUGUUAUGCCAGGAAAUGAAUCAUUACAACAAAAAGGUUUGCGAGAUUUUCGAGACGAAACCAAUGGAACAGAAUUAGUUGUACUUUAUGAUUAUAAGGCGCAGGCGCCAGAUGAUUUAUCAGUAAGAAGAGCUGACUGGAUUUAUGCAGAUUUGGGAAACCAAACGGUAGAUGGUUGGUUGUGGGCAUAUGCACCCAAGACUCGGAAAUAUGGUUUCAUUCCAAAGGCAUAUGCCCGCCCUCCUGCUAUGACGAGUUUAUGAUACACACUAUAAUCUUGUGUAUCUUGCAUUUUAUGCAUAUAUUCAAUUAAAAAGUACUUUUAUAUAAUACUGCAUUUUAAACAAUACUCAGACACGUGGAUAUACGAGAGUUAUCUCUUGUAACAUUAACAUUGAGCGUAGCACAAUCAGAUGUAAUGUGACUAAGGAGACCUUCGUGCAGGAC